GAUAAAUAGUUGUACCAGCUGCAUUAGUAUGGAGAAGAAAGAGGGAGCUAUCACUAUGUAAUGAGGACAAGAAAAAAAAAAUAUAUAAAAGAAAAUUUUUUUUUCGAUUCUUAGCUCCACCUUUUUCUCUCUUUCUCCUCCCGUUUAUUAUUAUUCAUAUACAAUGACACAAACAGUGCUUACACAAGUUCGAUGUACGGUUGGAAAUAAAGACGUCAAAGUUUCAAGUGUAAAGAGAAAAGAAAUGGACGACAUGAAGCAAGAAAGCGACUGCAAAAGACAAUUAAAAACAUUGCCUGUUCGAUCGCGCAUUAAUGCCGACAAGGAACUUUGGGACAAAAUCACUUUUCUGAAGCAAGAUUGUCGAACCUCUGGUGUCAUUCCUCGUUUGGAGCCAAACUUUACAAAGGAAGAAACUGUUUCUGCCUACCUUUGUAGUCCGACAACGGACCAUCUUUCCAGUGGCUUCAUGGACUUGGGAUGGGGUUGUGGUUAUCGUAAUUGUCAAAUGCUCAUGAGUUUUCUCGAACGCCAAAACGAAGAUGGCGAACCGCUUUUAAAAAGUGUAUUAGACAUUGCUGGAAUUCAAUUCUUGAUUGAAAAAGCUUGGAAAGAAGGCUUUGAUAGUCUAGGAGCUGCACAACUGGAUAAUCGAGUGUUCAAGACCCGAAAAUGGAUUGGCACAACCGAAGUCUAUACUUUAUUCACCUAUCUCGGCAUCCGUUCUACCAUCAUUGAUUUCCACCAACCAGGCCCACAAAAACUACACAACGAUAUGCUCGAUUGGAUUCAAUCUUAUUUCACUCCUGCCCAGACAACAGAACAAACGAAUGUUUAUAUCACUGACAGACCUCCACUCUACUUACAGCAUCAAGGCCAUAGUCGAACAGUCGUGGGCAUCGAAGUCUUGAAAAGUGGUAAACGUAAUCUCAUCUUGUUUGAUCCGGGCAGAAGAAUGCUUCGUUCAUACAGAAAAGUACAGGAAGAGGAUGAGGAUACAGUCACCAGUCGAUUCUUGGCUAAAAUUAAACACAAGUCAACACUACCUUCCAGUAUGCUGCGUCCAUUUCGUGUUGAUGCAAAAACUAUUGCCAAACAUAAACAGUAUUCAAUACUAGUUUUAGGGCAAGUCGAUUAUCGCAAUGGAAACAUGAUUUGGGAUGAUCAAAAGAGUUAUUUAUUGAAUGAGGACGAACGAGAAAUCAUGAAAAAUGUAACAAGCUUAUCCGUCUUGUAGUAUAUCCCUCUCUUUUGUUAAUAAAUCCCCACACACACACACACACACACACACACACACACCGCACACACACA